AUGAAAAAUAAGCUUUUACCACCCUGUGAUGUGUUCAUUAAUCAUCGGUGCAUCGAUACGAAGAGGACUAUUUCUGGGUUGCUCUUUGAUCAUCUUUCUAGACUCAGGCUCCAUCCAUUUUUGGAUAGCAAGAACAUGAGACCUGGUGACAAACUAUUUGACAACAUUGAUAGAGCUAUCCAUGAAUGUAAGGUUGGGGUUGCUGUAUUUUCUCCCCGUUAUUGUGAGUCGUACUUCUGUCUCCAUGAACUGGCUUUAUUAAUGGAGACAAAAAAAAGAGUUAUACCUAUAUUCUGUGAUGUCAAACCGUCUCAGCUCCAUGUCAAGGAUAAUGGGCUUUGUCCAGGCGAAGAGCUGCAAAGGUUUACAUAUGCUCUCGAAGAGGCAAAGUACACCGUUGGACUUACAUUUGACACACUUGAAGGGAAUUGGUCUCAAUUCUUAACGACAGCAAUGGAUGCGGUUGUACAUAAUUUGAUCGAAGUGGAUGCAGAAGAAACACACAAGCACCGUACAUAUUUCAUGAAGAAUAUUACCGACGAGAAAUCAAGAUGA